AUGCUGCUGCAUGACAAGUAUAGUCUUUUGAUGUGUUCGCCGUGCAAAGCUGCGAAAUUCCUCGAGGGAGGGAUUAGUAUGAUUGAUUGCUCACCGUCGAGUCAUCGUGCUGGUACGCUUAAUACCGAAGGAAAGGCUGAGCGCGUCAGUCACAAUGAAUAA